AUGGUCCUCGUGCUCGUCAUAGGCGAUCUGCACAUCCCCAAUCUCGUCCAUGACUUACCUGCCAAGUUCAAAAAGCUGCUGGUGCCCGGGAAGAUAGGACAAAUCAUAUGUACGGGCAAUGUCUGCGAUAAGGAGACAUACGACUAUCUACGAGGAAUCGCCCCCGAGGUGCUAGUAGUGCGAGGGGAGUUUGAUGAGAAUCCUCAUUUCCCUCUAUCCCUCAUAGUUCAACACCAGUCCAUCCGCAUCGGUGUCGUACAUGGUCAACAAGUCGUACCCGCCGGGGACCCAGACAUGCUCGCAGCACUUGCUAGACAGAUGGAUGUGGACGUUGUGGUCAGUGGAGGAACGCAUCGUUUCGAGUCUUUCGAGUUCGAAGGACGAUUCUUUGUGAACCCCGGAUCAGCCACGGGCGCUUGGAGCGGUCUAUGGAACGGUGAAGUUACACCGUCUUUCGCCUUGAUGGACGUGCAGGGACCUGUCAUCGUGACCUAUAUCUAUCAGCUUGUAAACGGAGAAGUAAAAGUCGACAAGGUGGAAUACCGGAAACCGGACCCAACACCUGAAACAGCUUCUGCCCCUAACCUCGCGUCUCCUCGUCCGGAAAUCGCCUCGAGGUGGUAA